CAUGUCAUUUGACAAAUGACAUCUAAACGAACAAGCCUAACCUCUCUUCUAUCACGUCAGUCUUACUGACACCAAAACAACCUUCAAAUUUCUACACAUUUUGAAAAGGGAAAAAAUGGUGACCGCGACCGAAACUCAAAUAAAGAAUAUAGGAAAAGUCUUGUCAGAUCCAGGCAGACCCUUGAAAGAACGAUUUAGAGCCCUUUUCACCUUGCGCAACAUUGGCGGUGAGUUGUCCAUAAAAUGCAUUGAAGACUGCUUCUCGGACCCCUCAGCUCUGCUGAAGCAUGAACUCGCUUACUGUUUGGGUCAAAUGCAAGACAAAAAAGCUAAUCCUAUUCUCAUAAAAAUCCUUGAAGACACUACACAAGAACCUAUGGUUAGGCAUGAAGCAGCUGAAGCAUUGGGUGCAAUUGGAAGUAUAGAAAGCAUAGAAAUCUUGGAGAAGUUCAAAAAUGAUACUGUAGUUGAAGUAGCUGAAACCUGUCAACUUGCUUUAGAGAGAAUCAGAUGGUUACAAAACCCUGAAUCCAAAGAACCAACACCUAGUUCAUACAAUUCUGUUGAUCCUGCUCCCCCAACUAAACUACAAGACCCAGAGGAACUAAAAUCGGUGCUAAUCGAUGAAAACUGCAGUUUAUUUGAAAGAUAUAGAGCAAUGUUUGCUUUACGAAAUUUAAAUACAAAAGAAGCAGUACAAGCUUUAGGUUCUGCAUUGAAGCAUGGCAGUGCUCUUUUCAGACAUGAAAUCGCGUUUGUCCUAGGUCAGAUUCAAAGUGAAGAAGCUGUUUCAUACUUAAUCCAGUCAUUGCAAGAUGAAAAAGAAAAUGAAAUGGUCAGACAUGAGUGUGCUGAAGCUUUAGGCGCUAUAGCGACAGAUGAGUGUAUGGAGGUUCUCAAAAAGUAUUUAAGUGAUUCUAGGAGGGUUGUUAAAGAAAGUUGUGAAAUAGCUUUGGAUAUGUGUGAAUAUGAGAACAGUCCCGAAUUUCAGUAUGCCAAUGCUUUAGCUGUAGAACCAAAUUGUGAAUUUUUUGUAUAAUUGAUCUUGAUUAUUGAAUAAAUUAUUCAACAUUAA